AUGGCGGUAACAAAUCUCACUGACAUUCGAGACUCAAAAACAUAUGAAGAACUAUUUUGCUCACCGGAGAUAACCCAAGAAGUACAAAAACAGCUGAUUAGUCUUAUUGUGGUUAACAUUCUGCAAUCAAUCAUUGCAUUUCUGGGAAAUACACUGAUCCUAGUCGCACUUCGCAAGGAGUCUGUUCUUCAUUCGCCUUCGAAAAUUCUACUCCGCUGUCUGGCUACAACUGAUCUCUUCGUCGGUCUUAUUUCAGAACCACUAAUUAUUGUCUACUGGAUGUCGGUGGUGAACGAACGUUUUGAUAUUUGCCGUUAUGCUCAAGUAUCAAUUUUUGUCACUGGUCAUCUACUGUGUUCUGUGUCUUUGCUGACACUAACUGCAAUUGGAGUGGACAGGCUUAUCGCCCUGCUGUUGGGACUCAGAUACAAACAAGUCGUAACUAUAAGGCGAACAUAUCCAACGGUGUGUGCUUUCUGGGCUGUGUCAUUUGCGGGUGCAACCAUGUAUUUUUGGAAGUACGAAGCAAGCCUCUGGUAUGCUGCUAUAGGGACAAUAACGUGUUUAGUAAUCUUAAUAUUUUCUUACACUAAAAUCUUCUUAACACUUCGUCAUCAUCAAUCCUCGGUACAAAACGGAUUUUUUCAUGACAAAACGAACUCAACAGCGCCCCUGAACAUAGCGCGAUACAAAAAAGCAGUAUAUAAUGCAUUGUGGCUGCAGCUGGCUUUAGUUGUUUGUUAUCUACCGUAUGGCAUCGUUGUAGUUGUUAUGACUAAAACAGGAUUGUCUUCAUCUCUAUAUAUUGCAAGGCAAGUAGCUCUGACUUUGAUUAUGUUGAACUCGUCAUUAAAUCCCGUUCUUUACUGCUUAAAAAUUAGAGAAGUCAGGCAGGCAGUGAAGAUUACAAUAAGACAACUUUGUUGUUUG